AUGACGAUGUACAACAUAUAUAGCUCUUUUCUGUUUAUUUUCGUUUCUACAGAUGCUCAGGACAGUAGAGGGCAGCCUCACUGGUGUCAUAUAGCGUAUUGGGAGCACCGAACACGAGUGGGACGCAUGUACACAGUAUUCUUAGAUUCUGUAAAUAUCUUCUACGAACUACCUCAUGGGGACGGGUUCUGCCUGCGGUCGUUGACCCGCGACGAGCGCUCGGAAUCCGUCGUCAGAACUCGAAAGAAAGUCGGCUGCGGCCUGACCAUGAGCCGGGAGUCGGACGGCGUGUGGCUGUACAACCGAAGUAACUUUGCCUUAUUUGUCAACUCUCCUACCCUGGAUGCCUUACCGCCGUCGAGAACGUUAACCGUGCACAAGCUCAUGCCGGGCUACUCGAUCAAAGUGUUUGAUUACGCCAAGUCACAGAUGCUGGAGCAUGCACGGCGAGAUCCGGAGCCCCCGGACGGGCCGACGGACCCCCACUCUAUUCGGAUCAGCUUCAUCAAAGGGUGGGGGCCACGUUACUCCAGACAAUUCAUCACCUCGUGCCCAUGCUGGCUCGAAGUGAUCCUUACCAGACCACGUUUACAUUGAUCAUCAUCAUCAUCAUCAUACCUUUUAUGUUUACUUCUAGAUCUAAUAUAAUAUUUUAUAUUAUAUAUAUUAUAUAUUAUAAUACUGUAAAUAUGGAAACUCAUUUUUACAAUGUAAUUUAUGGUGCGGUUGUACUCUGCUAUAAUUAACAUAAAGAGGACUUCACAUCCCCUUCCCCCAGAGAAAUACAAAACAGAAAAGAAAAAAAAACAUGAGUUUUUUUUUUUAGGGAUGGUACAGCUAACUAUCAAAUAACUGUCCUUUUAAGUUGGUACAGUUAUACCAUACCAAACACCCCAAGAACAAAUGUGUAUUUCGGAUGGAAUACUCUAAUCUUUGAGAUAAGGGGUUGCCCUUCAGUCUUGUCACUAGUCUGGCGGCUUUUUAACUAGUCAAUAUUUCAAAUGAAAUAGGGAAGCUUUUCAACACUGAGCUAGUACCGGUUCUCGUGUGUUCUAAGUGGCCGAUUUGGCCAGAUGACCACUGAAGGGAGAACGCUGUGAAUACGGCAAGUUAAAAAAAAUUUGGCUGGUCUAUUAAUUACAUAAAUAAAAGGUCCUAAUGUGACGAUUUUGAAAAAAAGGCGGGGAGGAAGAGCUUUCCCUUGGAAAUAUAAUUUUACUUCAAAACGAUAGGAUGAGAAUGAGGUUAAGGAUUGACCCCCAAAUGCUGUACCAUCUCUAACAAUAAAUCCACAUAUCUGUACACAGGUGGAACUCGAGAUGAAAAACAUCCCCCAUUGAAAACACAUGUACCUCAAACCUAGGCAAUCUUAUGCAAGUAGAAAUGCUGCACAGUUCAGAUUGCCCUUUUUCCCCCUUGUACAUUGUACAUGAAAAUGAGGGUGGUUUUUGGACAGCUUUUUUUUUUAAGGAAAAGUGGUAAGAAGAUGUUAGAAAGGAAAACUCAGGCCUGGAAUUCCUUCAUUUCUUGACAGUGAAAUGGCAUUGUCCCCCUCCUCUUACAUUAAACAGGGGGGGGGGGUAGUAGCCUGAAGUCCAGUAGAAUUUCCCUUUCAACUGGUCAUUACUGGCUAGUACAUAGCUUCCUAGAUACUACAUAUGGGCCCCAAGCAUUAAGUGCUUUUCUGCAUGGAUUCAAUUUCUGCAAUGAAGUCCAAUACAGAAAUGACUAUGCCAAAAAGAAAAAUUAAGAUAUGGACUUCUGGCAACUCAUGAAAAGACAACUAACUAACUGGUCCUACAAAGCAAUUAUUAAGCCUAGAAUAGAAAGGGCAAGGCCAUUUUCUAAAUGGCACUUCCAUUGGACAAUCUUAAAGUCAAUGGGAAACUUUUUGAAAGGGGGCGGCACAGGCCAAGAAAGACCAGGGGCAACACUAGGGACAACGCAGGCCAUGGCCUCCAAGACCAAGUGUAAUUCCAGGUCUGUAUUUUUAAGUAACACAGGGCAAAUCCUGAUGAAAGCACUUCCACCUUGCACCCUCCCUCCCACUCCCAAAAAGAGGACAUGGGGCAUUUUUAGAGGGGAGUGAGAAUUUGAUAACGGAGGCAAUGGCUUUCACAGAAUUCCAGGCCAGUAAGACAACUUGUACUCUAUGACCAUGUUUGAAACGGCAACUUCGGCUUAAGCUAUGGCUAGAUCAGCGCGUCUGCCAGUGUUGAAGAAUAGGCAGACGAGCACAAUCUAGCCGUAGCUGUAACCGAAGUUGCUGUAUCAGACACAGUCUUAGAGAGAGAGAGAGAGGGGGUUAAGACCGGUUUUAGUCGGUGGUCGCAGAAAUUAAAAGGCACGAUAAAGAAAAGCAUUUAAAGAUGCUGGCGAUCGUCUGCAUUCAACGAUUAUAUUCGCGCAACUGACUACAAACCGGCCUUUACUCUCGGGUUGAAUUUCAGAAUUUUUCAAAUCCUGUGUACAUGUACUGACAGAGACCUUUUAUAUAACACUGGUUAUGAUUCACAUUAUAUAACAGAGAGAACCAUGUUGAUGGUAUCAAUAAAAUAAAAUAAAAAACCUUUAAUAUGCACACUUGAAA